AUGUCAUUGGAUUCAAAAAUUGGUUCAACUAUUUUUGUACGGCCAAAUAUAAAAGAUAUUGAUAUUGAUACAUAUACACAUUCAAAUAAACGUAAUGCAUCAAGAUUUUUAAAAUUAAAAGCUAUUAACACCUUCUUCUGCAGCUGCACAAAAUCAGGAAAGAAAGAAAAAGAGUCCAAGGAUAGAAAACAAUUUUCCACAAAAUCGACAGAUAAUAAUCCACAAUCAUCAUCAUUAGAUAAAUCAAAUUCUUCAUGUGUUCAAGGUAUUGAAUCAUUACGAAAAGAUCUUGGACUGCAGAGCACAAGAAAACCGGAAUUAUUCCGUAAGAAAAGUCCAAUUUCAUCAUCGGUAAAGAAAAAAUCGGAUAGAAAAAAAUUAAUCGCAAAUAAUAAUAGUAGCGCUAUUGUUGGUGAUCCAUUCGUAACUGGUCGAUCAAAUCUAUCUGGUGUUGAUACAAGAAAAUUUAAAAUCAAUAAAUGUACAUCAGGUAAUGUUACAUUUCAUAAUGCUGAUCUUUCUAAUACAUCGAUGAUGUCAAGUGGUGGUGGUGGUGGUGGAGGUAGAAAAAAUACUGCAGAACCUGAAAUGAAAAAGAAAUCUGAUAAAGAUGACAAACAAAUGUUUAGUUCGAUGAAUAAAUCGAAAAAUAUGGAAAGUUUUAAAAGAAAAAUUAAAGAAAAAUCACAACAUAAUGAUGAUAAACCAACAAUAACAAUCGAACAACAAUCAAAAAUAUCGAAUCAUAUAUCGAAAACAGAAUCAUCAAAAAUACAUACAUUAACUUCGGAUGAUCAAUAUAAUUCAGGAUUUAUUUCCGCUUUAUCUAAAGCUUCAUCAACGUCAUCUAAAGAUGAUGAUAAUAAUGAUAAAAAAUAGAAUAGAAUGUUCUUCUUAAGAAUGGAAAAAUUUUGAAAAUAAAAAAAAUUCAUAUUGUUUCCUAUUCAUAGAUGGCAGUAGCAUAGACGUAAAUUUUGA